CUUAAGGCGGACUAGCGGCCGUUUUGUAUUGCAUUUUGUUGUUGACGCGAGCGGCCGGUGUAAGCUCGGAGCAUACUCCGCCUGAGCUACAUCGAGUCUAGAAAAGCCGGCUUUUUGAGCACAUGUCUUGAGUAUUCCUUCAUUACUGCCACUGCAAAUCGGUGCACACGCAAAUCGCUGAGUGCGAAAGGGACAGCACGCCGCAUCACGUGUGGAUAACCCAUAACUAUAACAAAUUAUAUAGCACACUAAAAUAUUGAGCACAAAAAAUCUGGUAAUUUUAAUCCUAGUAACGACGGCCGGCAUUCAUAAUUUUACUGCAGGGUCAUGAGCACGCUCUGCGUUUUUUCUUCGCCGGCAUUUUUUUAAAUGUUUAUUUGCAAGGCGCACGUGGAUUUUUUGAGUAUUUUUGGCGAUAAAGCCUUGGACUGUUGCCUUUUGGACGUGUUGUGACGUUAGUGUUACCUGUUAUAUGUGAUAUAUUUUUAGUGACAUUUAGAUAGGAACAAACUGUGAUUUAUUAUGGUGAUAUAGUUGGAGUGUGUGAAGAUCUUUUGGAUAGUGCCAGCCAAUCAAAAACGGUGGAUCUCGAUAAAUUCCAUGACAUACAAAACAAAGGACAACAAGUGGAUAUUAAGAUACAAACCCUAUAUUUUUAUAAGAUAGUGCCAAAUAACUGUAGAUAAGAAUUUAUAUAUUUAGAUAGAAAUUUUAAAACAGUCAAGAUGAUGGAAGGAAGGACUAUAGACUACAGACCGGACGGCGGCGGUCUGGAUUACCACAAUUCGCCACUAAUGGCAGAAAUACCAAUAGACAAUUACUCCCAUAUACAUAGAAGUAUAGAACACCUCAGAUCUAUAGGAGUGCCUCCUCCUAUAGACCAUCACAGACAUUUAGCUACAAACUUAACAGAUUUAAGAAGGUACGAGCAUCCAGAUGAAAUUCCCGAAAUCAAACCGUCCGUAUUAAGAUUAUCCGAAUUUAAGAGUGGACUGCAAGAUAUGAUUAGAGCAAGUAACGAUCAAGAGAAUGAUGUUAGACAAAUGACGCCUCACGACGACGGACCUAAAGGGUACAGCGCACCAUCAACUCCACUAUCCGAGAACGGUGGCCAAAGCAUCCAGGAAGAGAAGGUGUUCGGUUCGAAGGCAGAUCUGCAACUUCACACUCAAAUCCACCUUCGCGAGGCGAAACCAUACCGCUGUACCCAGUGUCCCAAAGCGUUCGCAAACUCAUCGUACCUGGCGCAGCACUCCCGUAUUCACCUUGGCAUCAAACCGUACCGCUGCGAAAUCUGCCAGCGCAAGUUCACCCAACUCUCACACCUGCAACAACAUAUCCGAACGCACACAGGUGACAAGCCUUAUCGUUGCACACAAAUCGGAUGCACAAAAGCAUUCUCCCAGCUCUCCAACCUCCAAAGCCACAGCCGGUGCCACCAAACCGACAAGCCCUUCAAAUGCAACUCGUGCUACAAAUGUUUUACCCACGAAAAGGAUUUGCUGGAACAUAUCCCGAAACACAAAGAAUCGAAGCAUUUAAAAACGCACAUUUGUCAGUAUUGUGGCAAGAGUUAUACCCAAGAGACGUAUCUAAGUAAACAUAUGAACAAACAUGCUGAGAGAGCUGAUAAGCGACCUCCAAUUUCGGCGUUGGGAUUGAGCGGCCUGAAUAGGUCAAUAGCUGCAGCCGCGCCGACGGCCGCGCCUUUCGCAGAGCAUCCUUACUGGCCCAAAGUGAGUCCUGAUUCUGCAGCCCACAUGUCGGAUGACGGUGGCUACCACCAGCAACGUGAAAGUGAUGAUCAUCACGAACAGCAUUUGCAGCAACAGAGAGCGCUAUUCGCUCAACACGAGAGUCAAGACGAUCGAAUUCAGCCACCGGUAUCUUCGGCAGCGAACUCUGCAUUUACACCGAUAAAUUCCAUGGCGCCGCAUCUUAAUGGUCUCUCCCACCAUAGUCCCCUGCCGACGAGACCAUAUCUGUACGACCCAUUGCACUUUCAGCAAGGGAAACAGCAACCAAAUUCGUUCCCUAAUCAACUGAUAUCCCUUCACCAGAUUAGGAAUUAUGCUCAUCAGCCGUCGGCACUGUUGCCAGCCGAACACAUUCUGCCGCACGCUCUAUCCCACAAAGACAAACAAUAAAAUCCUUGCCCUUUACCUUAGGUACACGUCCUCUAGUACUUACAAUGGUAUUAUUAGUCUAUAAAUUAACAAAAUAUUAUCAAAAUAUUUAGAAUCUCGCUCUCGACGACAGUGGUAUUAAUGAAUGUAUGAAAUACGAAAUUGAUUUUAUUGUUAGUGAAACGAAUUCAUGUUUUUAGACUUAACGUGUAUGAAUACUCUAAAUUUUUGUGAGUAGAUAAAAUACUUAUACAAUGUGAUUUCAAAUGUACUGUAACAGUAUUUUACAAGUUAUCGAUUAGUUUUCAGUAAAGCAGAUAAUCUUUUUCUGUUCUUUGGGACAUAGACGUAUGUAGUAGACAAUUAAUGAAUUUUGAAAGCCAAAAUUGAUUUACCUCAUAACCUUUUUUGUUAUUGAAGAAUUCGUCUCAUUUUAUUUUUUUACACAGUACUGCUUUCAGAACAACUAAUCUUUAACUUUGAAAUUAUCUUUAUACUUUCUAUUCAAGACCUGUUGCUGUUCAUUUCUCUGAUAUUUAAAAUAGUAUUUACAUACCAAAUUAAAAAUUUACAUUGUUUUUUUAGUUACAUUUCAUGUUCUUAUUGAAUCAUUCUGAUUUUAUACAUUAUAGUAAUUGUAACUUUUUUUCAAAUUAAUUCUAAAUUUGUGAUCAUUGGUCUCAUUUGUG